UGCUUAUGACAAAAACAGUUCCAGUUUUCAAAAACAUGACAAAUACUUGACAAAUGUGUUAAGUGAACCACAUGGAUGAAGGCGGGGCUACGCUGGGCUCAACAGAGCGACUAUUAGGCUUCUAUUAGGUCCGCAGAUUAGGUUGAAAUAGGCGUAUCGAGGCCUGCUUUGGCGUUUAAGUUUUCGUUUUCCAAGGGGAAGCAGCGCUACGCAGAGAUGAGCGGCCGCGGUAAGGGAGGUAAAGGUCUCGGGAAAGGAGGCGCUAAGCGUCACCGCAAAGUCCUCCGGGACAACAUCCAGGGAAUCACCAAGCCCGCCAUCCGCCGUCUGGCGCGGCGCGGCGGCGUCAAGCGUAUCUCCGGUCUGAUCUACGAGGAGACCCGCGGUGUCCUCAAGGUCUUCCUGGAGAACGUGAUCCGCGAUGCCGUCACCUACACCGAGCACGCCAAGAGGAAGACCGUCACCGCCAUGGACGUGGUGUACGCGCUGAAGAGACAGGGACGCACCCUGUACGGUUUCGGCGGUUAAACGCGUCAAGUAACGUCACCCAAAGGCUCUUUUAAGAGCCACCCACUCCAUCUAGAGAGGAGCGUUUCCUGUUUUACGAACUCAUUUUGUUUUCUAGCUUGCAAAUCUCGGAGUUGGACGAGGAAGUGGCCCUGGACUUCUUUUUUUACCCAGACCAGCCCCGCCCCGUACAUGCAAACACACCAGCCCUCUAUACCACCAAAUACACAAAAAGUAGGGGAACGUGUUUGGUAGAUUAUUUCUUUGUUGUAACAAUGCCUCUUGGCAAUAAAUCUUAUACCGUUGGAAAGCUUGUUUAUUUCCCUUUUAAAUGGCGCCACGUGUGUAAGGAACAUGCAUUUGUGGGAUGAGCAGCAGAGCUGAGUAUUUGGGUUGCGCCCAUGAAAAAUUGGCCAAAUCUCAGCCAAUGCCAAACAGCUUAUUUUGCUGUUGCUAUUGACUCUUGUUUUGAGCUUCUGGUACCCCAGGUGCUGACAAUCGGGUGCCUGAUAUAAGAUUUAUUGCCAAGAAGCAUUGUUACAACAAAUACAUAAUCUACCAAACACACAUUUCCUUCCUUUUUGUGCUAAAUUUAUAAGCAUAAUGGAUGGAUGCUAUAUAACUUGCUUUCCUGCUUUCACAGGCAUUUGGCUGUUGUGGUC